AUGCCACUGGAGGUUGAGGAUGGAGGAGGAGUUCAGUACUCUUUUGCUCUCGAAUACGACGGUCCUCCGGUACUGUACGAUCUACCUCAAGCUGUCCCGAUCAACGUCAGCGAAAUCCCUGUAGCCGCCGUCGUCUCGCCGCUCGCUCUCCCUGGUAGGUUUCCUUUGCCUGUUGUCAAGCCGCUGUUGGCCGCCAGCGAGGAUCCGAGCAAGGUUCUGGGGACGAAGGAGCUCAAAUCUGUGUCCGUGUCACUGUCACCGACUUCCGUCAUUGGUAAUUUGAACGGGGAGGAAUCGAGGUCGGAUGAGACGGCGUCCACGGUUUCUCCGACUUCGGUAAUCGAGAGGGCAGCGGAGAAUAAUCCGGAGUCCGGCGAGUUGAGUAGCUCCGGCGGGUUGGAGUUCUCGACUGGGCGGUACGGACCCAGCAGCUCGGGCGCCAUUGAGUUCUCCGGCAGCUUCGGUAACAAGUCGCGGGAGAGUUUGGGCACGGUUAGGGUUUCGGAGGAAUUGAAUCAAGAGUGGGCAUCGAAUGAGUCGGUUCUCAGCAUCGAGUACCCUUCUUCCCGGGUUUCCAGUGUCAAAGCAGCCGCUGGGGAGUGUCACAGCGAGUUGAUUAAUGGUCAUGGAGAUGGCAGAAGAUCCCAAGUUGUCAAAUUUGCUAAUGUCGAUUCGGAUGGAGACGACCUUGGAGAUGGCGAAGUUGACGACGAAGAGUACUGCGAAGAAGAACAACCCAGGAUUGUGCAAGUUAAGAGAGAGCCUCAGAGCAAAGGGAAGAAGGGAACUUGUUAUAGAUGCUUUAAGGGGAAUAGAUUUACGGAUAAGGAGGUCUGUCUUGUUUGUGAUGCCAAGUAUUGCAAUAUUUGUGUGCUUAGAGCUAUGGGAUCCAUGCCUGAAGGAAGAAAGUGUCUUAGUUGUAUCGGGUACCCUAUCGAUGAAUCCAAUAGGGCUAAUCUAGGGAAAUGUUCAAGAAUGCUAAAAAAGUUGCUGAAUGAUUUGGAGGUUCGCCAAAUAAUGAAGGCGGAGAAGUUCUGUGAGGCAAAUCAGUUACCUCCAGAGUAUAUCUGCGUGAAUGGGAUGCCUCUUUGUCACGAGGAGUUGGUCCUUCUUCAGACUUGUGCUAACCCGCCAAAAAAGUUGAAACCGGGGAACUAUUGGUAUGAUAAAGUAUCCGGUCUUUGGGGAAAGGAGGGACAAAAGCCUUGUCAAAUCAUUAGCGCUCAUCUAAAUGUGGGAGGUCCAAUAGAUACAAAUGCCAGCAAUGGAAACGCAAAUGUUUACAUUAACGGUCGGGAGAUCACCAAAACCGAACUCCGAAUGUUGCAGUUGGCAGGAGUUCAAUGUGCUGGCAACCCUCAUUUCUGGGUAAACGAGGAUGGGUCAUACCAGGAAGAAGGUCAGAAGAACACUAAGGGCUACAUUUGGGGCAAGGGUGCAAUGAAGCUUGUCUGUACAUUCCUGUCAUUGCCAGUUCCUUCUAAAUCUUCUAAUUAUUCCGAGGAGCAAGUGAACAGCCUACUGAGCAGAAGUAUUCCUGAUUAUCUCGAGCAGCGGACACUUCUGAAGUUUCUCUUAGUUGGAUGUAGUGGAUCUGGAACAAGUACCAUUUUCAAGCAGGCGAAGAUUCUUUACAAACCCAUUCCUUUCACCGAGGAUGAACGUGAAAAUAUUAAGUUGACCAUCCAAAGCAAUGUGUAUGGUUAUCUUGGUAUUCUCCUUGAAGGCCGUGACCGUUUUGAAGAGGAGAGUUCGUCUGAAGCAAAGAAAGAACAAUUGUCAAAUCACACCGAUUCCACUGGUGAUGGUAGUAAUAGCUCCAAGACCGUAUACACUAUUGGGCCGAGGCUAAAAUCAUUUUCAGAUUGGCUUUUAAAGACCAUGGUGUCUGGAAACCUGGAAGCAAUUUUCCCUGCUGCCACUCGAGAAUAUGCACCGUUGGUUGAAGAGUUGUGGAGAGAUCAAGCCAUUCAAGCAACAUACAAGCGAAGAAGUGAACUGGAAAUGCUGCCUAAAGUAGCUAGCUAUUUCUUAGAGCGGGCAGUUGAGAUAUUAGUACCAGACUAUGAACCCUCAGAUUUGGACAUCCUCUAUGCUGAGGGUGUUACUUCAUCUAAUGGUUUGGCUUCUCUAGACUUCUCAUUUCCUCAGUCAACAUAUGAUGACCAUGACGAGCAGCUUGAUUCUCUGCUUAGAUACCAACUGAUCAGGCUGCAACCACGAGGAAUCACUGAAAACUGCAAGUGGCUAGAGAUGUUUGAAGACAUUGGGAUGAUCAUCUUCUGUGUCUCCUUGAGCGACUAUGACCAGGUCUCUUUUGAUAUCAACGGUUCUCCCACCAACAAGAUGAUGCAGAGCCGAAAGUUCUUUGAGACCAUCGUGACACAUCCGACAUUUGAGCAGAUGGACGUCCUUUUGCUGCUAAACAAGUUCGACGUGUUUGAGGAGAAAAUGGAGCGGGUUCCGCUGACGAAAUGUGAGUGGUUCGACGAUUUCCAUCCCAUCAUAAGCCACCAUCGUUCGACCAGCAACACCCGCAGCAGCAGCAACAUCAACCACAGCCCUUCGCUCGGCCAGCUGGGUUUCCACUACGUUGCUGUGAAGUUCAAGCGGCUUUAUGCAUCGCUCACUGGUCGAAAGUUGUUCGUCUCGAUGGUCAAAGCUUUGGAGCCCGAUAGCGUCGACUCGUCCUUGAAGUAUGCAAGGGAGAUCAUGAAGUGGGAAGAAGAGAGACCAAAUUUCAGCUUGAGUGAGUAUUCUAUCUACAGCACCGAAGCGAGUUCAUACUCUCCUUGA